AUGGCCGUGUACCGCGUGCGAGUGACCACUGGUGCUUACCUGGGGGCAGGCACACUGGACAACAUCUCUGUCACUCUGGUGGGCAUGCGUGGUGAGAGCCCCAAGCAGCUACUGGAUCGCAUGGGCAGGGACUUUGCCCCUGGAUCGGUACAGAAGUACAAGGUGCGCUGCUCAGCAGAGCUGGGUGAGCUCUUGCUGCUGCGUCUACACAAGGAGCGCUAUGCUUUCUUCCCCAAGGACUCCUGGUACUGUAGCCACAUCUGUGUCACUGCCCCAGAUGGUACCCUUUUCCACUUUCCCUGCUAUCAGUGGAUUGAGGGCUACUGCACUAUAGAGCUGCGACCAGGAACAGCGAGAACUAUUUGUCAAGACUCCCUUCCAAUCCUUCUGGACCACAGGAAACGGGAGCUCCAGGCCCGACAGGAAUGCUACCGCUGGAAAAUCUAUGCCCCUGGCUUCCCUGGCAUCGUGGACGUCAGCAGCUUUGAGCAGAUGGAGUCAGACAAGAAAUUUGCUUUGACCAGGACAACGGCUUGUGCAGACCAGGAUGACAGCAGUGGGAAUCGGUACCUGCCUUUCUUCCCCAUGAAAGUUGACAUCCCAUCUUUGCUGCACAUGGAGCCCAACAUCAGAUACUCGGCCACCAAGACAACCUCUCUGAUCUUCAACGCCAUCCCUCCGUCCUUGGGUAUGAAGCUUCGAGGGCUGCUGGACAGAAAGGGCUCCUGGAAGAAGCUGGAUGACAUCCGGAAUGUAUUCUGGUGCCACAAGACAUUCACUUCAGAGUAUGUCACAGAGCACUGGUGUGAGGACCACUUCUUUGGGUACCAGUACCUGAAUGGCGUCAAUCCUGUUAUGCUCCAUUGCCUCUCCAGUUUGCCCAGCAAGCUGCCUGUUACCAAUGACAUGGUAGCCCCCUCGUUGGGGCCUGGCACCUGUCUGCAGACAGAGCUAGAGAGAGGGAACAUCUUCCUAGCCGACUACUGGAUCCUAGCGGACGUUCCUGUCCAGUGCCUAAACGGCCGCCAGCAGUACUUGGCUGCCCCUCUCUGCCUGCUGUGGCUCAACCCACAGGGGGCGCUAAUGCCUCUGGCCAUCCAGCUCAGCCAGACCCCAGGGCCCGACAGCCCCAUCUUUCUGCCCACUGACUCGGACUGGGACUGGCUGCUGGCCAAGACGUGGGUGCGCAACUCCGACUUCCUUGUGCACGAGAACAACACGCACUUCCUGUGCACACAUUUGUUGUGCGAGGCCUUCGCCAUGGCCACGCUGCGUCAGCUGCCACUUUGUCAUCCUAUCUACAAGCUCCUGCUUCCGCAUACUCGGUACACGCUGCAGGUGAACACCAUCGCCCGUGCCACGCUGCUCAACCCUGAGGGCCUGAUAGACAAGGUCACCUCCAUCGGGAGGCAAGGCCUCCUCUACCUCAUGAGCGCUGGCCUGGCCCACUUCACCUACACCAAUUUCUGCCUUCCGGACAGCCUGCGGGCCCGCGGUGUUUUGGCUAUCCCCAACUACCAUUACCGAGAUGAUGGUCUGAAGAUCUGGGCCGCCAUUGAGAGCUUUGUCUCAGAAAUCGUGGGCUACUAUUAUCCCAGUGAUGCGUCGGUGCAGCAGGAUUCGGAGCUGCAGGCCUGGGUCAGCGAGAUUUUUGCUCAGGCAUUCCUGAGCCGGAAAAGCUCAGGCUUCCCAUGCCGUCUGUGCACCCCAAAAGAGCUGGUGAAGUUCCUCACAGCAAUCAUCUUCAACUGUUCCGCCCAACACGCUGCUGUCAACAGUGGGCAGCAUGACUUUGGGGCCUGGAUGCCUAAUGCCCCAUCAUCCAUGAAGCAGCCCCCACCACAGACCAAGGGGAUGACCACCCUGGAGAGUUACCUAGAGGCCCUCCCAGAAGUGAACGUCACCUGUAACAAUCUUCUUCUCUUCUGGUUGGUCAGCCAAGAGCCCAAGGACCAGAGGCCCCUGGGCACCUACCCGGAUGACCACUUCACCGAGGAGGCCCCACGGCUGAGCAUCGCUGCCUUCCAGAACCGCCUGGCUCAGAUCUCACGGGACAUCCGUGAGCGGAACCAGGGCCUGCCGCUGCCUUAUACCUACCUGGACCCUCCCCUCAUCGAAAACAGCGUCUCCAUUUAAUCCCCUCCUCCUGCCACCCUGGAAGACGGACCCAAGCAGGAGUAGGGCCAGAUUCUCCUGGUCCUCCAGGCUCUUUUGCCCUCUCUGUUCUCCAUCAGCCUGAAACUUCCCUGCAGGUGGGGACGUUUUCCAGCCAAGAUGGUUCUAGCAUCAUAUGAAGUGGGCCCUGAGUUGUGAGGGACCAAUACAACAGUACUCACCGUGAGAAGCUGCUGGUGAAAGUCAAACGCACAACAGACCCUCCACAAGGAAGGAACCCCAUCACCCCUUGCCUUACUUUGGGCAGGCUAGUAUUUCCCUCUCGUGUCAAAAUCUGCCUCCUCCCAUUGGGAUCCCCAGCUUGGGACUCUAAACUCUCUUCCCAGUUCUCCCUCCCAUCCCCAAACUUUCUCUUAUCUUGACUCUUUGUUUCCACUUUCCUCCAACUCUGGGAUCAACCAAUCCAACUUCCUUCUCUGGAAGAGCCUGGAAACUGGACAAGAAAGGAUGUAUGCCCUACAUCUGCCACAUGGACCUCUCUAACCCCAGCAUCUUUAAGGGGAGGGUUGGAAUUAGAGCCCAGCUUACCUGGACCUCUAGUUGUAGUUCUUUCAGGGCCAGGCUCCCUGGCGUGGGUGUGUACGGAGUCUCUUCCCGUCUCUUGUCCUCCUGCUACCAUCCCUCCUCCUUUUUUGUUUGUUUGUUUAUUUGUCCUUAAGCCCAGUGACUUCAAUAAAAACCAACAUA